AAAUUGUUGUAUAAAUAAACUACUCUUUUAAGUUUUAUAAUACCUACAUAACUUUUCUUAUCACGUGAAUGAUAUAUCGUAAAAUAAACGCAAUGUCUUUUAUUAUAUCUUUUAUUACGACACUGUCACGUGUCAGUAGUUACAUUCGAGAAGUUAAUUUUAUUUUCUAGUAAUAAUAUCUUUCACAAAUUUUAUUUAAAUUGUAAUAUUUAUUUAUUAUACGUAAGAAGAAAUGGAGCAUUAUUUGUAUUUCGAUUUAUAAUUUAACCUACAAAUUGUAAUCUAGACAAUGAUUUCUUUUGUUACUACAAAUCCUAUACUCAUUAUGAGAUUUAAUUCUCAUUGAAAAAUGAAACUGAACAUUGUGAGAGGAGCCGUAUGGCUCUAUAAAGUAAACGCUAUAAAAGAACAAUUAUUUUCAUCGAAAAAUUUAUUAUACACCAAUGUAGCCAUAUCAAUCUCUCUUUCAGCUGUAGGAGAUAUCAUAGAACAACACUAUGAAAUAAUAAAGGGUGAAUGGGAAAAAUGGAGUCCAAGCAGAACAAGGAAUAUGGCCGUGAGUGGCAUGUCCAUUGGUAUAGUUUGCCAUUAUUGGUACAGAUACUUGGAUUCCAAGUUAUCUGGACGCACUAGUAAAAUUGUACUGAAAAAAGUAAUUAUUGAUCAGUUUGUUUGUUCACCACUUUGUAUAAGCAUGUUUUUUUUAACAUUAGCAUUAUUAGAAAGAAGCAAUUUGUCAGAAUUAAAAAAUGAGGUAGUAAAUAAGGCACAUAGAUUGUAUUUAGCGGAAUGGGUAAUAUGGCCACCAGCACAGAUCAUUAACUUCUAUUUUCUUCCAACUAAAUACAGAGUUUUAUAUGAUAAUAUUAUAUCCCUUGGUUAUGACAUUUAUACGAGUCAUGUAAAACAUGACAACAUAAAAUUUUAACAUAAUUGAUUUGUAAAUAAUUUUAAUAAUUGUUUUACACAUAGAAUAUUGUGGCAAAUGUAAAAAAAGAAAAAAAAAAUGUUUUAGUUAGAAAUGUCUCUAUUGAAGUGAUAACAUUGCAUAAUAAGUUUCCAUAAUGAGUUUGACAAUAGGACUAGUAUUGUAUUAUCUUAUCUUAAAUUGAUGUAUAAGAUUUUCUAGAUAAGUGUCAUUCAAAGUAAUAUAUCUAAAUCGUAAUCAACAAGAGUAAACAUAUCACGAGAACAUGUUCUCAUAAUUUCUAGGUAUACAAUUUGAUAAGAGUAGAAAGAUUAUUUAUUUUUUUAUCUUUUAUAAACGAAAUUUAAAAAUUUCUUUUUUGGUAUUUUUAAAUGGAAUAUUAUAUAUUUUAAUUUCAAUAGCAUAAUUUAAGAUUUCAUAAGUCGAUUAACAAAAAUGGAAUGCAUAAAUGUUUACUUCACAAUAAAUGGUUAUACUUGUUCAAUACCAUUUCAUAUAACAUUAUUACAAAUAAAUUCUUUUAAUUUUAUAUUUUUUCUUCCAUAUCAAAAUUAAAAUACAAGGCUUUUUAUAUAUGGGCAAAAUGGAAAAAAAAAGAAAGAAAAAGAAGAAAAAAUCACGAAAUGAGAUUUUACACAAAAAAUGAUAAGUUCUCAUAUGUUUUUUCUUAUUUAUUAUGAUUUGAUAAUUAACUUUAUUCGACACUUAUUUAAGAAUACUUUACUAACUUCGAUAAAGAAGUAAUACAAUAUAUAACAAAAAUUUUCGAAUUAUGUAAAAAAUAAAAGAAA